UUUUGCGCGUUAAAGUCAACUCGCACCUUCAUUCAGCUGAAGUAUGUACCGAGACACAUGCACGAGCUGUUUCUGUGAACUCAUGGAUAAUUCAGGGCCUCUCUGAAGGAGGACUCGGUGGAGGGUUACCCCGGUGAAAUCGUUUUAAAGUCAAGAUACUUAAAGCGGUGUAGCUGCUAGGGUCUAGAGGAGAUGCCACUGAGGUUCCGGUCCUUUGUUCCGUAUACGCUUCCUGGAGUGCUAGCGCUCAUAGGCUGGUGGUGGUACAUCUCCCGCAAGAAAGAGCGAAUCACCAGCCGGGACAGUGAGGAGGGGUCAGUUAUGGGCUUGCGGACCUCCUCUGGCGAGGGCAGCAAUGGCAUGGUCGACAAAAGCUGCCCCGCAGCCAGCAGCACACACCGUAGAACCAGCCGUGACAGAGUGAAGGCCAAAGAGCACAGACCUGUUGAGCAGGAAGUUGUAGCGGAGAUUCACACGCCAGUGCUAAAAGCCACUGCAGGAGAGGUUCUUGGCACCCCUCCCGUUGUCUUGGCAAGUGGACAGCUAAGCGCUCCUCAGAGCGGUGCUAAAUCAUUUCCCCCAGAGACCACCAGGCAGAAGACUCCUGUGUCAUCUUCAACCCCAACAAAAACAGUGGAGGAGAGCCCUAAUCACAAAGAACCAGAGGCCGCCACUGACAGCAAACCUUCAAAUCAGUCUCCGCCAGAUCCAUCAAGUGCUGCUUCAAUCAAAAAGCAAGUCGAAAACAAACCACUAAUUAGGCAGCGUCCCGCAGAGCUAGCCAAAGCAGAGCGGCCUGAACCUGAGGGAGAGGUGGCCACUGAAACCUCGGCACCGACAUGCGCUCAGAAUCCGCCAGCUGACAUUUCAAAAGAUGAGCUGGCCUCCGUUGCGUUGUCAACGGAAGGAGAGGCUGUCUUGCUGGAGACCUGCAGCCCAAAAACACCUCUUACUCUGACCUCAAUCCCCUACUCCACCAGUACACCCCACUCAGAAAGAUUAACUGAGGCCCAGCACCAUGAAAACGGAGACCUGGGCCUGCCGGUUGAGACCAGUCCAGACAUGCAGGAGCUCCAGCGCCUUGCAGCUGGGCUGAUCUCUGAAGUCAUUUCAGCAGCCACCCAGGAGGUCAUGGCGGUCAGCAGCUGUGAGUCCCGGUACAGCAAAGGCUCUGAAGCCGCUGACAGCAGCACGCCGGCUGUAAAUGGUAAGGAAGUAGAGUUGUGUGUACCUCCUGAGAGCACGGAAAGCGAAGAGUCUCGGGCGGCACAGAUAGCGGAAGAGAUUGUCAAUGGUUGUCUGGCACCUUCGCUCUGGAAGAUGCCAGAGAAUGAGGAGGAAAAAGGCUCGUUGACUGUGCCGUCUGGGGAACAGUUGGAGUCAACGCCAGUUCUGGCCAAGCUGCAGGCGGAGGAAGCUCUGGUCGAAGACUCGGGAUGUAGCACAUGCCAAUCCGAGGAUGGCGUCAGCAGUGAGGACCUCCAUAGCACGGGAUUGUCCUCGACAGUUUCUGAAAGCAAGGAGGACCUCAUUCAAAUUUCAGGGACUUGUAGGGCCUCAGAGGGUCAUGGAGAUGGACUGCAGGAGAGUCUUGUUCUAAUUGCUCCUCAGGAGUCCCCGCUUACUGCAGAAAAUGUUGCCACGGUUUGCGAAGCAGCACGGUUGAAUGGAACAGGCCUCAGGAAUGGCGCCAUAAGCGAGGUAGAAGCUGACCAAUCAGGAGGUUCAGAUGUUAAUAGCAUGGAUUCAGUGGACAGCUGUUCCACCUUGGGGGUGGGAGAUGGCCAGCCGAGUGGCAGCCAGACCUGUCAAUCACAGAGCUCAGAUCUUAUUGUGUGGGAGAUUGAGGUGCCAAAGCAUCUAGUGGGACGGCUAAUCGGCAAACAAGGGAGAUAUGUGAGCUUCCUGAAGCAGAGCUCUGGUGCUAAGAUCUACAUUUCAACCCUGCCUUACACUCAAGAGUUUCAGAUCUGCCAUAUAGAGGGAAGCCAGCAGCAGGUAGAUAAGGCACUGGCCUUGAUUGGGAAGAAGUUUAAAGACUUGGACCUGACCAACUUGUACGCCCCACCGCCCCCACCACUAACGCUGCCCUCUCUGCCCAUGACUUCCUGGCUUCUGUUGCCCAGUGGGGUGACAGUGGAGGUGAUCGUGGUGAACAUUGUAUCAGCCGGUCACCUGUUUGUCCAGCAACACACUCACCCUACGUACCACGCACUGCGCAGUCUGGACCAGCAGAUGUUUCUGUGCUAUUCACAGCCCGGCACUCCCCCAUUGCCAUCACCUGUUGAAGUUGGAGUGAUUUGUGCGGCCCCUGCUGUUGAUGGAGCCUGGUGGCGAGCGCAGGUCAUCUCCUUCUACAAAGAUUCAACCGAAGUGGAAAUUCGAUAUGUUGAUUAUGGAGGCUACGACAGAGUCAAAAUUGACACCCUUCGACAGAUCAGAUCGGACUUUGUGACGUUACCGUUCCAAGGAACAGAAGUGUUAUUAGACAACAUUGCCCCGCUUCCAGGAGAGGAUCGGUUCUCAGCAGAUGCCAAUACUGCGCUGGGGGAGAUGACAAGAGGGGUUCCAUUGCUGGCACAAGUCACCAACUAUGACAAUAAUACAGGACUUCCUUUAGUACACAUGUGGAACAUGGUGGGAGAGGAGCUGGUCCUGCUCAACCGCACUUUGGCAGAGCGAGGUUAUGGCACCUGGGUGGACAGUUUCUGAUCCUCCAGAGAUCCCUCGCUCUCCUCUCCUCACUCACCUUCUGGCCCACCUGCCCCUUAAUUAUCAUCACUCAUCAUGAAUAUCAGCAGGUUCUGUCCUCCUCACCCACCGUAUCCACCACCACCACCAUCUACAUGAAUUGCGCAUCACUGGCUCUGGGAGUUUCUUUUUUUUGGUUUGCUGUCCCCUCCAUCCUGUCUUUUUCUAUUUUCAUUUUUUCCUCUCUAUCCCCUGUCGUAAGAAAUCAAUGUACUGUAAGAAAGAGAAAAAAUGAAGAGGGAGCUAAGCGUCAAUGACUGAACCACCAACAAGGACUGAAGAUUUCUUGACUGUGCUCCUGUAAAUUUAAAUAUUGUAACUAAAUAAAGGUUAAUAAUUUUUUUCCAUCCGAUCAGACUCCUUCCAGCACAAAAAAACAUAGACUGUGGAUUAUCAUGCCGUGGAUGAAAAAUCUGUAGUGAUUAAAAAAAAGUACAUUUGUGAAGACAGUUAAGACUCAGUGUUGUUGCUGCUGAUGUAAUCCUGAGACUUGAGACAUCAUCUUUGCAUUUACGUUAUCACGGCUUUGUCCCAGUUUCACUUUCCAGCCAGGUGGUUCUCCAAGGAAUAAACCGCCACAGCUCCAUGUCCUCCAUCUCUAUGUCUGUGUACAACAGUGUGGCCUUAAGAGGGUAAUACUCAGCCAAUUUCAUGACCUCCCUCUUCCCCACACUCUGGAUCUGUAGGAAUCCAACUGCCUUCGGCGUCAAUAGGCCUGACACUAAGCAUCGCUUCAUUUACUUCACUGAUUACAGAAUCCGUUAAUCCAGGAGACGUCUGUGCCCUCCUGACCUUUGGGCCUUUUUUAGGAAAGACUACACCGAGUGUUCAGCCCUAGAGGGACACUAGAGCUCGAAUGGUGCUGCAAUAGAUAGAAAAAGGGCCUGUACGGCUAAUUCUUAUCUGUGGAGACACUAAAAGAAUGACUACACAAACCAGAACACUACUGUGUGAUGAGGACAGCAGGGCACUUCCCUUCUGGGUGGAUGAAUUGCAUUCAAUGGGUCUGUGUGUUUUUGUAUGCAUGUAAUUCUGCUCCAAAGCACGUCGAGUCACACGCCGCAUUAUCAGUGUGAUACGCUGCUUGCUUUCGUCUCACUCAAGAUCAGUCUCGCAAUAAUCUCACGUUUAUUAGACCCAUUGCCAUUAACGUCUCCUUGCAUUCUGUACAUAACAUGUUACACGGUGUCCAAUCCCAGCAACCCACGCAAUUGGCUCCUAGGAGAAUCUGUCGAUACACCUACCUGGCUUGGAGUAAAGCUUUAAGCCUUAUCCAUUGUUUUUUUUUUUUUUUUAUGUUGGUUAUACAUGGGAUGAAAUUUAGGUCUUCUAUAUUACUAUAAUUUGUUCAAGUAUAACGACGCAGAGAUUAAUAUUCCCUUUUUUGUAUUUAGUCAUUGAUCAUACUCUUUCAGUCGUUAACAAGGCUCUUCCCUUUUUCUGCUGCUGAAUUAAUGCUAAUCUAAUGUUGAUGGACUUCAGAAUGUCUAUGUGUGUCCUUGGAUGGAUUAUUUCCCGGCUUUUAGCUUUGUUAUGGUUUGUUUGAAAAGUUUUGAUUGUCGGAACUGCAGUUGUUAGUUUCUUAUGCCCUGAAUACAUUUUCCAGUGUCAGAAAUAAUGAUGAAAAAUUAAAGCCCCUUGUCACUGCAUAUAUCUGGCUUCUCCAGAAAAAUCUGGAAAAAAAAAAAAAACGAAAUCGUUUUUUUUUUUUUUUUUUUACACUUGUCUAUCACCUUUGAAACGAUAAUACACCCUGCUCACUUUAAUUUAGCGGUAGUUAGCGCUAAAUGUAAACUGAUAGCAUUGAAAAGUAACGUUGACUAAAAGAAAGCAGGUUUAGGCGUUUGUGAGGGUAUUUUCGCAGUUCGACAUAAUGCUGCGAGGUUUUUCUGCAAUAUUCCCCUCACACAAACGUUUCUGUACUCUCUUACGUUCAUCUCAGGUAUGAGCUUUUCAUUUAUUACCAUUCUGUGUUCGAGGAGAGUUGUUAGUCCAAUUAUAUCAAAGUACUUUACCUGUGUGAAUGUGCGCCGCCCAUUAUAUGCCUGCAUUACAGGUGAAUGAAUGGAACCACACCGACCUCAGAGCCGAAGCGUUUCAUUGGUCUGUUUGCUUUAUGUAUUGAUCUAGUCCAGUUAACCUCUGCAUACGCUCAUAUCUUUACUGACAUGGGCAUGGCUUCCUACCAUCAGUUCAAACGUGUACACCUGUAUGUUCCUACCCGCCCUCGUGUAAUGUAAAAUCACGCUACUUUAGACUUGUCCAGGUGUGUGUGUGUGUGUGUGUAAAUAUAAGAUGUCUCACUGUAACAGUUGGAGCGAGUGUAGGAAGCAAAAGGGAACUUUUUUUUUUUUCUGUCUCAUCCCAUACCUCCAAAACCUACUCAUUUGUUCUCUGUUGGUAGGAAUGGUUUGCAAUGUUUGCUUAGCUAGAUAAUUAAUCAUUUGAUUAUUGAAAUGAGUGUAAGAAAAUCUGCAUAGACAUGUACAGGUCAGUUUUUGCCAGACUCACUACAAAGUUUGAUUCUUUCGUUGUACAGAUCUAUUGAAAAAAGAGAAUAAAGUUAUUAAAAAUA